AAGAUUAAUCCAACAUAAAUAACUAAAAAGUUAAUAAUGAGUUGGGUAAAAUUGAGUUAAGAAGGGGGAAGAGGUACAGCAGUCGGAGGAAGAAAUCACAAGAAGAAGAGAGGAUUUCUUACUUCUAUGGGAAAACAUGAAGAGCAAGGAAAGUAUGCUGCAGCAGAAAUCUAGAAAAACAUGGUUGACCCUCGGCGAUGCCAACACAAGUUUCUUUCACAAGUGCGUCAAGGGGAGAUGGAGAAGGAAUGAAAUGACUUCUAUUCAAAUCAAAGGUACACAAAUUGUGAGUGCUAGUAGAAUGAAGGAGGAGAUUGCUUCCUUUUUUGAAGAUAUCUUCAGAGAAGAACAGUGGGACAGACCAAAGCUAGAAGGGGUGAGCUUCAAGCAGAUUUCACAGUUAGAAAAUGAUCAUCUGGUUGGAGCUUUCAGUGAGGAAGAGAUAGAUGCAGCGGUGCGAGAGUGUGACAGUUCAAAGGCGCCUGGACCAGAUGGAUUCAAUUUCGGCUUUGUCAAGAAUGUGUGGGAGCUAAUAAGGGAAGAUGCAAUCAGAUUCUUGCAUGAUUUCCAUAAAAAUGGCAAGUUGGUUAGAGGACUUAACACAUCUUUCAUAGUCCUUGUGCCGAAAGUGGAUAACCCACAGAAGAUAGAGGAAUAUAGACCCAUUUCCCUCAUCGGCGUUAUGUGUAAAAUCCUUGCAAAGCUUCUUGCUAACAGGUUAAAGGUGGUCCUUGAUGGGAUUGUCGGUGAACAACAGAUGGCAUUUAUUAGAGGAAGGCAACUAAUGGACGGAGUAGUGGUUGCAAAUGAGGUGAUUGAUGAUGUAAAGAAGAAGAGGAAGGAGACAUUCUUGUUCAAGAUCGACUUUGAAAAGGCGUAUGAUAAGAAGGUCUCAAUGGACUGGUCUCAGCUGCAUCUCAGAAAGGGUUACUGGACGGAGCAGAGGUGGGGAGCAGAGGUGGGGAGCAGAGGUUUUAAAGUUUCUCACCUGCAAUACGCGGACGACACAAUCCUUUUUGCUACAGCUAAAGAGGAAAAUGUGUGGGCAAUGAAGGGUGUCUUGAGAGCUUUCGAACUAGUCUCAAACCUUAAGAUAAAUUUCAACAAAAGUCAUUUGAUCGGCAUACAUGUGCAAGAGGGUUGGCUCAACAAAAUGUCAUGGGUGCUUUGCUGCAAAGUUGGGGUUUUUCCAUUUAAAUAUCUGGGCAUUCCCAUUGGAGGAAGUAGUAGAAAGAAGGCCUUUUGGAGACCUGCUAUCCAGUCUUCCUGUGUUCUGGAUGUCGGUGUAUCUCAUCCCAAAAGGAUAGUCAUGGCAGAUAAAGGACUCUGGAAAAAGGUUAUUGCGGAGAAGUAUGGACGGGUAAGGGAGCCUAGCUUCAAUUGGUUGAGGGAGAACAUUAAUUUUGGCUCAUCUUGGUGGAGGGACUUAAGUAGAUUGAAUGAUAUAGAUGACGAGAAGAAAGGAUGGUUAGUGGAGGGGCUGGAAUUAAAACUAGGGGAAGGGGUUGACAUUAGUUUCUGGUGGGACAAGUGGUGUGGGGAUGGGUGUUUAGCUAACAAAUAUCCUAGACUAUACUUGUUAUCUGCAGGAAAGGACUUUAAGAUCCCACAAAUGGGAGUUUGGCUCAAUGACACUUGGAUGUGGAGUCUAAGAUGGAGAAGGGCCCUAUUUAGCUGGGAAGAACAUCAGGAACUCGAGCUCCUGAAGGAGAUUAACGAGAUAACAAUCGUAAGAGGAAGACCAGAUCAAAGGAUAUGGAUUCACAGUACAGAUGGUAGCUAUACAACCAAAUCAGCAUACCAGUUACUUGCUGCAGAUCAUAGAAACAGCCAGCAGGGGUUGGCUUUUCCAAAAGCAUGGAAUCCACUUAUACCGAGUAAAAUCUCAGCAUUCUCUUGGCAAUUGCUACAAGGUAAAAUUCCAACCAAGGAUAAUCUGUUGAAGAGAGGCGUGGUUCAGGACCCUGGUGAGUGUAGAUGUGAAUUAUGUGGUGCAGGGGAGGAAAAUCCCAGCCACCUUUUCGUUCAGUGUAAAGUGGCACGUGAUCUAUGGAUAGCUUGCUACAAGUGGUGGAGAAUUAAAACAGUAACUGAUAAAGAUUGCUUGAGAUUUUUUGAACAACAUUCCAGUAUGCUGAAAACAGUGGGGUUGAAGCAGGGAUGGGAAUGCAUAUGGUUUGUAGUGAUAUGGACAAUUUGGUUGGCUAGGAAUGGAAAAUUGUUUAAGGGGAAGGAGGUGGAUAGUGGAAGGUUAUUUGAACUGGUCCAAAUCAGGGCCUUCAGCUGGAUUAAGGGCAAAAGGAGCGAUAGCUUUUUUUCCAUAGCUGAUUGGAUCCAGAAUCCUGUAAACUGUUUGAGUUUUAAUCGCGACAGUAGAAGGAACCUCAAAAGAAAGCUAUCUGAAAUGGAGGUGGAGCAGUGAACAAAAAGAUGGAGGUGGAGCAGUGAACGAAGGCUUCUUUGAGCAAUUUUUGACUGCAGAUUAUGUACCUGAAGCAUUGAGGGUCUUUGGAGUUCUAAGCGGCAGUAAAGGUAUGCUCAGAGU